CGGAAUGACGUCACGGCGCAUUGACGUCGCCCGGUGGCUCGCGGAGGAGCCGGGUCCAGGCGCUGCCUGAGACCGAGCUCGGGUCUCGGGGCCUCCCCCUCCAGAGGCAGGGAGAGGCCGUGUCCCGCCCGCCAGCCCCCGGCCUCGGCCCGAGCGUCCGCCUGCUCCGGGGAGAGGUCCCUGCGCCAGCCUGAUGAGGUCGCACCUGAAUGCGAGUGAUGGUGAAGCUGGGAAAAGGCUCCUCUAAGCCGCCACCAGGAUGAAUCAUCUGCCGGACGACCUGGACAAUGCCCUCAGCGGAAGUCAGGGCUCCCACGCUUCUCUGCUCAGCGUCCAUUCCGUCCACCCCGGCCAGCUGAUGGCCAGGAUCGAGUCCUACGAGGGCCGGGAGAAGAAGGGCAUCUCGGACGUCCGAAGGACUUUCUGUUUGUUUGUCACCUUUGACCUCUUGUUUGUUACCCUGCUGUGGAUAAUAGAGUUAAAUGUGAAUGGGGGCAUUGAGAACACCUUAGAGAAGGAGGUGAUGCAGUAUGACUACUAUUCUUCUUAUUUUGACAUAUUUCUCCUGGCCGUUUUCCGAUUUAAAGUGUUAAUCCUGGCAUACGCGGUGUGCAGGCUGCGCCACUGGUGGGCCGUCGCGUUGACGACAGCUGUGACGAGUGCCUUCUUGCUAGCGAAAGUCAUCCUCUCCAAGCUCUUCUCUCAGGGGGCUUUCGGCUAUGUGCUGCCCAUCAUUUCAUUCAUCCUGGCCUGGAUCGAGACCUGGUUCCUGGAUUUCAAAGUGUUGCCGCAAGAAGCAGAGGAAGAGACGAGACGUCUGCUGGUCCAGGACGCUUCGGAGAGGGCAGCCCUCAUACAGCCACCUGGGGGGCUCUCAGACGGGCAGUUCUAUUCCCCACCUGAAUCGGAAGCAGAGACUGUAGGAUGCCUUCAGCCCCAAAAGAGAGAGAGCGAGAGACCUUUGGGCAGAGGAAGAGAGGAACGUUGUCCCCUGGGACCUUGGUCUGACUGCUGUGAGGCAACAGCCUCUGUUACCAUGGAAACGGAUUCAUCAUCUCCCCCAGCUCAGCAUCCCUCCGUUCUGAGCCUUCUUAGGAUGCUCCUGGGAAAACAGAGUCUGGUGCAGAAACCUUUGUGCCCACGGGUGUAGACCUUCCAGGGCAGUCUUGAGCCCCAUCACAGCAGCCCUGUGGGUGGAGGAGCUGCUGGGCUUUCUUUGGAGCAGCCUACAGGUGCUGGAAAAUGGCUCCUGGGUUUGGGGGAUAAAGCAUUUGUUGGAGCCAGACGAGGUGAGCAUUGCUGAACGGGCUUGAAUCCUGGGGGCCGGUGGUGUUUCCUUAAAGACCGGCAUUCAGAGCAGAGCCCGAGACCCUCUGGGACAGCAUCUGGGACAUGGAUUCCCCUCCCUGGGUGCUGUGCAGGGUUCUUUUAAACCCUGACUUCACACAAAGAUGCCAGUGCCAAGCUGAGGCCCAGGACUCUCAGCCACCCUAGGGCGUGUGGCCUGGUACCUGCCUCCUCCUAACCUGCCUCGUGGAGCUGGUAGAAACUGGUUUCAUCAGGACGAAUGUGUGCGCCUGACCCAGACACAGAGAUGUUGGCAGCUUGCGUGUGCCCUCGUGCGCCUGUGUGCCCAUCCAGGCCAAGGAGAGGGUGGCUGGAUGAAUGUUCAUUGGCAAGUCUUGGUCUUGGAGCUCCUUCUGGCUCCCCAGGGAAGCUCGGCCUGUUUGGUUCAGUAAAAGCUGGGCUUUCUCCGUCCUCUCGUUUUCAUGUUUAUCUCCCCGUGGACCUUGG